ACUUGGGCUGGGACCUUCGGCGUUUCCAGGUUUACGAGGACACUCGUACAGACGAGAACGCGUGUUGAGACGCGGCCGAAGCCUCAAUGAAGAGUGAGGACCACAGGAGGAAACUCGAGAGAAGCUUGGUGAAUGUUGAAGUAGAAAGAAGAAGACUGUCAGUGUGGACACCCUGCUCACUCAUUGCUUAGUCUUAGUUGUUUUUGCUGAGGGUUUUGUUCUCUAAAGUUGUUGAGUCACUGGACCAGAGGACGCCAUUGCUGACAGGAAAGGACCUUUGGUGUGGGGCUUUCUGACGAGGACCCCCGCUGUCUUUCGUUUCAUCUUUUGGACCGCAAGACUGACGCUGAACUUUAAAGGGUAAAGUCUGGAUGGUGUUUGAGUUUCUGAAAAGUGAAAAGAAAGUUGUCAAAGAUGUCCGCCUCAAUGAAGGAAAUGUUUGACUCUUUGAGCUUGAAUGUGACCAUACUGAGAGCAGAAAAAAAUCCCUCCAAAGAUUACUGGUCUGAAUCCGACUGCUACGUGAUUCUCACUCUCCCGACAGCAACGGCAAAAACCUACCGUACAACAACUGUGUCCAACAAUAACAACCCAGAAUGGAAUGAAACGUUUACCUUCCGGGUCCCCACCCAUGUGAAAAACAUUUUAGAGAUCACGCUAUAUGAUGAGGACCCUUUUGCGCGGGAUGACAAGUUUGCCGAGCUUCUGUUUGAUGUCACAAAUCUCACAAUCGGGAUGAAGGAGACCAAGGCCUUCACUAUAAACCCAGAGGUAAAAACUUGCGCUACAGAAGGCAAACUUCUGAUAGCGUUUGAGCUACUUCAGUGUGAGGACCCCCCUUGUGAAUAUCUCACUAAUGGCGUCCUUGUGGCUGCCCCGUUCUCUGUACUGGAUAUUAACCUUGACAAGAUACGAAGUAACGACCGUUUGUGGAACAAGGUGAUGAAACUGAGGGAUGCCUAUCGUGAGUGUCUCAUACCUAAUGCAAAGGAAACUCCAAAACUAGGAGACUUGGAGACAGAAUUAGAAGUAGCACCCUCUGGUUCUACCUAUGCCUCUGCUCCUCCAAUGGAAACGUAUACAAAUCUCCAGCCGCUACCAGCCAACUAUGCAGGCAAAGUGUCCCUUUGUAUUGAUCAGGACACAGUGGAUUUGGACAUGGAAACACAUGAAGGCGAGCGUCUUGCAAUUCGUCUGGACUUUGACAUCCCAACUCAAGAGAAAGAGUACCUGAAGAAGAGGAGCGUUGUAGUGGCACAGGCUUUGCAGGAGCUUUUUGGCGCUCCAACUGAUCCUAAAAAGGUAGAGCACAGGGAGGCGACACUCUUGUUCUCCGGGGUAAACUCCAAGACAACGGUGCUCAGCCGGGGACUCGUGAGUAUCCCCACUCCCGGCACCUCUCACCCUGGGCAACUCCAGAAAAGGACAAAGUCCAACCCUUCUCCAGAACCUUGGUUCCAGAUCCAGUGCUGUGCGUGUGUGCAGGUGCCGGCGAUAGCAGUGGUGGCUUCAGGGGGAGGGUCCAGAGCAAUGACGGGCCUGCUUGGUAGCCUGAGAGGCCUGAAGGAUAUCGGGGUCCUGGAUGCUGUCAGUUACAUCACUGGUGUUUCUGGAUCCACAUGGGCUAUGUCUGCUCUGUACCAGGAAGCUAACUGGUCACAGGAGGACAUGGACAGUGUCAUCUCAGAAAAGAAGGAACAGAUGACCAAGAGUAUGCUGAGUGUCUUCUCUCCUGAGAAACUCCAGUAUUACAGAGAAGAAAUUGCUGAGAAAGAGCAAGACGGUUACAUUGGGUCACUCAUUGAUAUGUUGGGCCUAGUCUUUGAGCAACUUGUCUUUGGGAAGAAAGUUACCAGUACCCUGUCUGAGCAGCAGAGAGCAGUGAAUGAUGGCCAAAACCCUUUACCCAUAUACACUGCUGUCAAUAUGAAGGAUAUGGCAAAGGGCUUUCAAUCUGAAGCUGAGUGGUGUGAGUUUACCCCGUAUGAGGUAGGCAUCCAAAAGUAUGGGGCAUUUGUCCAAACUGAGGCCUUCGGAAGUCAGUUCUUUCUUGGUCAUUUUGUCAAGAAACUCCCAGAAGUCCGCAUCCCUUAUCUGAUCGGAAUAUGGAGCAGUGCUAUUUCUGUCAGCAUGUCCCAGCUAUGGACACUUGCAACAGGGUUCAUGCCUUCUUGGAGCACCUGGCUCGGACCAGAGGUCAACAACAUAGACGUUGACACUGAACCAUCAACUCUGGACACACAUCUCAUAAAUCCAACCACAGAUAUCAUCAACAUGGUGACUGAUUUCUUCAUAAAUCGUCCACUGAUUGCUGAAAUGUACAAUUUCAUGCAUGGACUCUUCAUGCACAGGGACUACAAUCAAAAUAGCAGCUUUGUUGCCUGGAAAGAAACACAUCUAGAUGCCUUCCCAAACCAGCUGACACCCAGUGACUCCACCCUGUGCCUGAUUGAUUCUGGUCAUGCCAUCAAUAUUGGCUGUGUGCCGGUCCUGCGGCCUGAGAGAGAUGUGGAUCUCAUCAUAUCUCUGAGUUACUCAUGGGAACCAGAGCACAACCUCAGGGUCCUGGAGAAGACAGCUGCUUACUGUAAAGACCAUGACAUCCCCUUUCCCAAUGCUGAUUUUGCCAGUCUGCAAAAGGAGCCUCAAAAGGAGGUCUACAUCUUCGAGGAUAAGGAGAAUCCCAGGGCCCCGAUAGUGCUUCACUUCCCACUUGUCAAUGUCACAUACAAGCACUUCAAACGCCCUGGCGUCAAACGUGAGACUGAGGAAGACAUAAGAGCUGGGGAGGUGGAUGUGAGCAGCAACGAGUCUCCAUACCUCACCAAGAACUUUACCUACUCAGAAGAGGAUUAUGAGUCUCUGGUGGAUCUGACCACUUAUAACAUAUUAAACAACAAGGAGAGCAUCCUUGAAGCCUUGCGUAAGGCCCUGGAGAGGAGCACAUCCAAGAAAAAGAAAUAAAAGGAUUCGAUAUACAGCAACAGGUUUAUCUAUGUUGCCACGACAAGUCACCUUUGUUAAUUGCCAAUUUUAUUUUCAGUUUACACACCAACUUAAACUAGAAAUAUAUAAAAAUAAUAAUGCGUAGCAUAACGAUCAACUAUACGAACAAUUUGACUCUGGUAGGAAAUGUACAAGAAAACAACACAGACCUAAAUCAUCAUCCUCAAUAUUGAAUUUAAUAAUAAUGAAUAUUAUUAAAAAGUAUCUUCUGUUAAACUUCUUCUUUACACUAAUCCAUAUGUUCAGAAUGUUACUCACAAAAAAGUUGUCCCCGGUGCUUGAACAUUAUUUGAGAAUAAUGCACUUGAGAAUGAGUUACAUCUUGCAAACAGUACAGCGCGUCAGGCAUAAAACGUUUGAUAAGAUGCGCUUGUUAUUUGGCUCUGGUGAUGGCGGCGAGUUUGUGAGGUUAGGAUGAGCUGUCUCUCAUGCACGUUCAGGGUUAAGCAAUACAAGUUACAUCUAAAAACAGCAAUAUGAUACAUUUCCACAAUAAUUAAAUUCAGUUUAUUUUGUAUAGCUCAAAAUCACAAAUUACAAAUUUGCCUCUUUACAAUCUG